AGUUGUUUGUAGAUUAUCGCCAUCGCCGACCUGCUUCUCUAAAAUUCGCUUCUCUUGUUUUCGACCGAUUUUUCUCUGAUUUUCUUUGUCCGAAAUCCUGCGGUUCUCUGCAGUUAUGGAGAUGGAGCGCGUGAUCGAGUUUCCUCAUACCCACAUGGAUCGACGCCCCAGAAAAAGGGCGCGUCUCGGUUGGGACGUCGUACCUCAGGCGCCUAAGGCUCAGGUAGGGAUGUUUUGUGGGCAAGAGAUUGGAAAUCUGUCGAGCUUUGCAUCCUCGGGAGCACCUUCAGACCAUAGUAGCUCUUCUCUGUUUGUUAAGGAAGUGGCUCGAAAUGGUUCUCCCCCAUGGCGAGAAGAUGACAAGGAUGGGCAUUAUAUGUUUGAGCUGGGAGAUGACUUAACUUCUCGCUAUAAGAUCUAUAGCAAAAUGGGUGAAGGUACUUUUGGUCAGGUGUUAGAGUGCUGGGACAGGGAGAGGAAAGAAAUGGUUGCAGUCAAAAUUGUCCGAGGAGUGAAAAAAUACCGUGAGGCAGCUAUGAUUGAAAUCGAAAUGCUGCAACAGCUUGGUAAACAUGACAAAAGUGGAAAUCGUUGUGUUCAAAUUCGGAACUGGUUUGACUAUCGAAACCAUAUCUGUAUCGUGUUUGAGAAGCUUGGACCAAGUAUAUACGAUUUUCUUCGGAAAAACAAUUAUCGCCCCUUUCCCAUUGAUCUUGUCCGUGAGAUUGGCUGGCAACUCUUGGAAUGUGUAGCAUUUAUGCAUGACUUGCGCAUGAUUCACACUGAUCUGAAGCCAGAGAACAUUCUGCUAGUCUCCUCGGAUUAUGUGAAAAUUCCUGAGUACAAGGGUUCCCGAUUGUCCAGGGAUGCUUGCUAUAAGAGAGUGCCUAAAUCAAGUGCAAUAAAGGUGAUUGAUUUUGGCAGUACAACCUACGAGCGUCAGGAUCAGAAUUAUAUUGUAUCGACCAGACACUACAGGGCACCAGAGGUGAUUCUUGGUCUCGGGUGGAGUUUUCCAUGUGAUGUCUGGAGUAUCGGAUGUAUUUUAGUUGAGCUAUGCACGGGUGAAGCAUUGUUCCAAACGCAUGAGAACCUGGAGCAUCUAGCGAUGAUGGAGCGUGUUCUUGGCACGUUUCCUCAACACAUCCUGAAGAGAGCGGACCGACAUGCUGAGAAGUACGUUAGAAGAGGUCGUUUGGAUUGGCCAGGUGGUGCCACCUCUAGAGACAGCCUGAAAGCUGUGCUCAAGCUCCCUCGUCUUCAGAACCUAAUAAUGCAACAAGUGGACCAUUCGGCGGGAGAACUGAUAAACCUGUUGCAAGGGCUGCUCCGGUUCGAUCCAUCCGAGAGGCUGACUGCCCGAGAAGCUCUCAGACAUUCCUUUUUCACCCGCAGCCACCUGAGAAGAUGAGACGGCACACACACACACAGUUGUCGGACAUCAACUCCAUAACGCGGUCGGGAUGUAAAUAUGCUUCGUUCUUGGCAAGAUGAUGAUGAUGUUGGCGUUAUAUUAUUACGAGAAGUAUUAACAGCUACUAAUAGAACUCAUUGAUGUCGUGUGGACGGACCUGUCUUGUUAAACGCGUUUUCCCACCAGAAAGUCCCUUUGUUAAACGCUUUAUUCGUUCGUGGCCGAACGGGAGGGUUCAAUUAUUGGAUCA